AUGUCCCAACCAACCGCUUCUACAUCCCCCGAUGCCUCCUCCACCACCCAAGUCGCCGGACACACCUCCGCCGCUGCCCCCCGCGCCGCCGAACUCGCCGAUCUUAAGGUAAAGCUGCGCGCUGCGCUGCGCCAGUUUCCUGACUUCCCAUCUCCUGGUAUCCUUUUCGAAGAUAUCCUCCCCAUUUUCGCCAACCCCUCUACGCACGAAGCUCUUAUCCGCUGCCUCGAGCUUCACAUACUUGAGAGCCUCGCUGGCGAGAAGCCUGAUGUUAUCGUCGGUCUGGAGGCUCGAGGCUUUCUCAUGGGCCCUAGUCUCGCUCUGAGGCUCGGCGCUGGUUUCGUCCCUGUUCGCAAGCAAGGCAAGCUACCCGGCCCUUGUGAAACCCAGGGCUACGAGAAGGAGUACGGUCAGGACUUCUUCCAGAUGCAGUCGGACGCUAUCAAGCCCGGUCAGAAGGUGAUUGUUAUCGAUGAUAUUAUUGCAACCGGCGGCUCGGCGUGGGCAGCGGGGGAACUCGUCAAGAAAAUGGGUGGUAGUGUGCUCUCAUAUGUUUUCUUACUCGAGCUGGAAUUCCUUCACGGUCGGGACAAGCUGUCUGCUCCCGUCCACACCCUCCUCACAGGCCAGGAAACCAAGGCGUAA